AUGAAUUUGAAAAUUUCUUUAAAGCUACUUAUUGGUUUGGUCUACAGCACUCAAUUUACAUUUCAAAAGUUAACAAGCCUAUCCUUUCAACAACCAAUUUUACAGAAGAUCAAGAAUCCAAGAUUUACAACAACAAUAAAGCAAAUUCCGACAGUAAACCAAAAUUUGUACCAAUCAGCUAUAAUAUUCGCAGAUAAUGUCAUACAAGCUAAAGAGAUAAACUCAAACUUAAUGCUUAGUAAUGACUAUGCAAAGCAUCUAAUAUUCAUAAUAGUUUUCAUGAAUGGAGACAUAAAAUCAUCACCAUUUACAGACUUUGGUUACUUAAGCGUCAAAUCAAGUGCUUUAAGCUUAUACAACUAUUAUCUUUUCCCUAAAAAUGACACCUACGUGCUGAUCACUAUGAACUGGUUUUCAAAAUCUUUAUGCAAUGAUCUACAAAUGACAAUGAUUGGGAAGUUCUCAAAGAUUGAGAAAAAAUGGAUGACUGAACUAAAAUAUCAAAGGAAGUUUAUGAAUUUUUGGAACUGCAUGAUCACAUUGCAAACAGAUUUUGAUGAUAUUGUUGGAGUGAACUUAUAUUAUGGAACCGUUACUGGACUUGUGCCUGAAUUUCUGCGCAUAAUGGGAGAUCGUGGUAAUUUCAUUCCAAAUUAUCAAGUUCAAUACCGUGAUGAUAUUUUGGAUGAAAGCACUGGCAAGAUAUUUAAGUCUAAUAUUUAUAUGAGACUUGGCGUCUAUUCGAAAUUUACAAUGGGAAAAGUUCAUUUUGGAUCGGUUUUUAUUCCAUCGAAUUAUCCUUUCUUUGUUACACCCGGUGAGCUGUAUACUUCCUAUGAAAAGUUGUUCCUGCCAUUUGAUGACACAACUUGGCUGUUUAUAUUAAUAACAUUCACAGUUGCAUUUGUUGUGAUUGUUGUCGUUUAUUUCCUUCCAAAAUGGACACAGACACUUUUCUAUGGAUCAAGCAAACAAAGUGCAGCAUUAAAUAUUGUACAAAUCUUUUUUGGAAUCUCACAAUCGCAAGUUCCAGUUGAAAAUGCCCCGAGAAUAAUUUUGAUCUUCUUUGUAUUCUUCUGUCUUGUGAUUCGAACUGCAUAUCAAGGAAUUUCUUAUGAUUUCCUCACUACAGAAAUGAGGAAGAAGCCAAUCGAUAGCAUUGAGAAGCUUGUCAGUCAAAAUUUUACAAUUGUAACAAUGGAAAGUGCAGGAUAUGCAUUUGACGAAAAUCGCAUAAAGUGGAUACCAGACCUGCAAAUCACAGACUUUUAUAGAAACAACAUCAAAAAUGCAUCAGCCAAUCUUGCCUUCUUCAUGCAAGAUACAUUUUUUGAAGUUGUUCAUUCAACAACAAAUGGAAUUCAAGGAAUUUGUCUCAAACAGAAGUUAUUUUCAUAUCCAAUUGGAUUUGGCACCUUUAAAAAUCAUUUCAUGAAUGAACUUAUUGAACACACAUUGCAGCUUAUGAUACCUGCUGGAGUUCCUCAAUAUCUCUUUGAACAUCAUUUAUGGCUGAAGUUUGGAAAAGUUUAUGUAAACAGGAAAGUUGGACCUAAAGUUCUUUCCAUAGAUGAUCUUUCAUUUGGAUUUGUUUUGUGGGCUAUUGCGUGUGGACUGUCAGGAAUUGUGUUUUGUGUUGAACUUUUUGGACCUCGGUUAAGGAUUUUAGUCAAUAAGUUCACUGCAAGUCUAGCAUUACAACAGGCCAUCAAUUUAAACAUCAAGAAUCCAAAAUUCAAAAAUUUAAUCAAACAAAUUCCGAAUGUAAAACAGAAUCUCUACCAAUCAGCAAUCAUAUUCGAAGAUGAUAUUGCAGAUCUUGAUGAAAUGUGUGAAAAUUUGGUUCUAGCAAAUCAUUAUCAAAAGCCUUUAAUAUUCAUAAUAGUUUUUAUGAAUGCAGUUGAGAAAAAUAUUCAAUUACAAAGUGGACCUAAUUAUUUGAAUCAAGAUUCCUCACCAAUUCAUCUUUAUAGCUACUUAAUAUUUUAUGAUAUUUCUGAUAUUGACCUUGUUAGUUUGGAAUGGUUUUCAAAGUCAACCUGCAAUCAGCUACAUCUCACUAUAGUCAAUAGCUUCAUCAUAAAAGAAUAUCAAUGGACCAAGACAUUAAAAUAUCAAAGAAAGUUUAUAAAUCUUUGGAAUUGCAUGAUUACAUUAAAUGCAGAUCUUUCGGACCAUUUGAGUAUGAAUGUAUACAAUGAAAAAGUGACUGGACUUGUGCCUCAAUUUAUGCGAUUAAUGGCAGUUUUUGGAAAUUUCACUUUAAAUUUUCAAAUUAAAAAUCCUAAUGGAGUGCUUGAUGUAAGAUCUCGUAGGAUCAUUGACCCAACCAUUUAUAUGAGAUUAGGGAUUUACUCAAAAUUUACAUCUGGAAAAGUCCAUUUCGGAUCAACAUUCAUUCCAUCCGAACAUUCUUUCUAUGUUACACCUGGCGAGCUAUAUACUUCAUAUGAAAAGCUGUUCCUUCCAUUUGAUCAUGCAACUUGGCUGUUCAUCCUCAUCACAUUUUCAACAACAUUCGUUAUUAUUUUUCUUGUUGUCAAUUUCCUGCCCAGCUCGAUACAGAAAAGGAUUUAUGGAGUCAAUGCUCAAUCUCCAGCCUUAGAUAUUGUUCAAACAUUUUUUGGAAUCUCAAAGACAAAAAGUCCAAUUGAGAAUGCACCACGAAUUAUUUUGAUAUUUUUCUUAUUUUUCUGUCUUGUGAUUCGGACUGCAUAUCAAGGAGUUUCAUUUGACUUUCUUACGACUGAAAUGAGGAAGAAGCCAAUCGAUAGCAUUGAGAAACUUGUUAUUAAGAACUUUACAAUUGUUACAGUAAAAUCUGCAGGAUAUGCACUUGAUGACAACAUAUACACGAUGAUUGGAGAGGAUCGAAGAAAUCACAUAAUUUGGAAGACAGACCUUGAAAUUGUAGACUUUUACAGAAACAAUAUUAAAAAUGCUUCAGCAAAGCUAGCUUUUUACAUGCAAGAUACAUUUUUUGAUGUCCUGCAUUGUCUAACCAAAGGAACUCAAGGAGUUUACCUUAAACAAAUUUUAUUCUCAUAUCCAAUCGGAUUUGGAACUUUCCAGAAUCAUUUCAUGACUGUCUUAAUUGAAGAAACUUUACAACUUAUAAUACCUGCUGGAAUUCCUCAAUUCCUCUUUGAGUAUUACCAUUGGCUUAGCUACAGAAAGAAUUUUGUAAAGCCUAAGAUUGGACCAAAUGUUUUAUGCAUGAAUGAUCUUCUGUUCGGAUUUGUGUUGUGGGCUGCUGCCUGUGGAAUAUCUGCAGCUAUUUUUUGUGCUGAAGUUAUUGGACGCUGGUUAAAGGAUAAAACCAGGAAAUAUGUUGGAUUUAUUACAUUUGUUAAUAUUUUUGAGCAGGGAUUGUUAAGAAGCCACUAA